AUGUAUGGGUAUUAUAGUCAGAGGGAUACUAUGGUCAGCAUGGAGUAUAAGUUGCACUAUAUGAGUGCUGCAAUAAUCAUUUUAGCACCUGGGUGCAAAUUAACUACUAAUGCUUUAUCAAAGCAAUAUGUUUGGAUAUCAAUCGAAUAUGAUAAGCAACAAAUUUGGUGUGCUUAUGCGAACUAA